AUGGACGAAGACAGCCAGCCGCCCCCGCCCCAAGACCAGGGCUGCUGGGCCAGACUGCCCGAUGUGUGCCUGCGGCGCAUCUUCUGGUGGCUGGGAGACAGGGACCGGUCCCGGGCCGCGCUGGUCUGCAGGAAGUGGAACCAGGCGAUGUUCUCGGCCGACCUGUGGAGGUACAGGACCAUCACGUUCAGCGGGCGGCCCUCCCGGGUGCACGCGUCGGAGUUUGCGUCCGCGCUCUGGUACGUCAAGAAGUUCGGCCGCUACCUGGAGCACCUGGAGAUCAAAUUCCUGAACCCGUACAACGCCGUCCUGACCAAGAAGUUCCAGGUCACCAUGCGGGGCCUCCUGUCGUGCCUGGGCAGGAACAACAGCCGUCUGAGGUCGCUGUCCGUGCAGCACCUGGAGCUGGACCGCAUGGUCUGGCGCAGCAGCACCCGCAGCUCCUUCCUCAAGAGCCUGAGCUGCUUCCUGAAGAAGGUGGGGAAGCACCUGAGCUGCCUGAGCCUCAAGGGUGCGCGGCUGACCGUGGAGCAGGGCUGUGGGCUGCUGGGCGCCCUGAGCCACCCACGCGGCGAGAGCACUGUGUCGCAGCUCAACCUGGAAGACUUCUUCAGCCACCACCUGGCCGUGUACAGCAGCGCGCGCUUCCGCAGCACCAUGGCCGCCUUCCGCGGCCUCUCUUCCCUCACGCUCAACUACAGCUGCGUGUCGGACGAGCUGCUCGAGGCGCUGUGCCAGAGCAGCGCUGGCACCCUGUGGGCCCUGAACGUCAAGUGCCAUAUCCACGACCCCCACGGCCAGGUCAUCUGGGGCAUGUCCUGGGCCAAGCUGGCCAGGCACGCCACCAACCUGAAGGUGAACUUCUUCUUCGAGCGCGUCCUGAAGUACGAGCGCCUGGUCCGCAUCCUCCUGCCGGAGGUCCCCGUGCGCAGCCUCAGCCUGCGGAGCUGCUACUUCAGCGACCCCGACUGGUCCAUGCGGCCCACGCUCACCCACCUCCUGCCCACCUUCCGCCACACUCUGCAGAAACUGACGUUUGAGUUCAACAACCACCACGAGUCCCUGGACGAGGAGCUGCACCUGCUGGUCUUGUCGUGCCGGAAGCUGCUGUACUUGAAGAUCUGGGCUUUCCUGGACGUCAAGUUUGUGGAGAGAGUCCUGAAGAGUCAGGAGGAAGGGCAGUGCGCGCUGCGCACUCUCAAGGUGAGGAUCUACACGAACAGAUACGAGACGAACGACGAGGACCGGACGCUGCGCGAGAUCCACAGGAAGUACCGGAAACUCAUCGACGCGGAGCUCAACUACCUGGUCAUCGCGUACCCCAUGAUGUAG